CCUAGUCAGUCAGAGUCUCUCUCAGCCUACACAAUCUCCUGACAGAACCUCGGGCUCAGUAAUGUUGAAUUCGCUGUGAAAGUGGGCUCUCUACCUUCCCCACUCGCUCUGCUAUCACCUGCUCGAGGACACACACAGCUCACACACUUGGCCAUCAUGGAGGAGGCUGACCUGCUGAAGGAGAGGCUCCAGGCCAUCACGGACAAAAGAAGAAUCCAGGAAAACAUCGCAAAGAAAAGAAGACAGAUCGAAGAGGAGAAAUUAAAACUCCAGUACAUAAAGAAGAAAGCCCUGAGGGAGCAGUGGCUGAUGGACGGGCUGAGUCAGCAGUCGGAGGAGGAGCAGGAGGCCAUGAGGCUUCAGGCUCAGGACGAACAGCAGCAGAGUGAUCAGCUGCAGAGCAACAUCCUCAGAAUAGAGAAGGAGAUCGAAUCCUUGGAAACUCAGGAGCUCAACAUCUCUGCCAAUGAAGAAGUCGUCCUGAAACGGUUAAAAGAGGUCGAGAGGACGACUGAUGACAUCAUCAAGAAAACAACCUUGGAGAAUAGAGAGGCAGAUGGAAAAAACCUGAACGAAGGUUGCAGCACAAGUGAAAAUCACAACUCCUCCAUCACCAUGGAAACACAGUCUGAAGUGGCAAUGGACUGUGAAGUGGAGCUUUCGACGGCUGAUUCACCUGAGCAGGGGAAGGAUUUUACUGCAGAUGACGAGCAAGUUUGUUUAGUUACAGAUGCGUUAGAUUUCCCGGGGGAAAAAGAGAUGCUUGACAAAUUAUUAACUGACCUGCCCACCGGUACCAUUGAUCCUGACAAGCCUGACUGCUCUGAGACCUGCGCUGAAAACCCUGAAAUGCCUUGUCAGGAUCAAAAGGAAGCUUUGGUAUUAGAAUCGGGACAUGAAGAGCUCAACAGGAAUGAGUCGAUCAACUCAUCUGUGUCCGACACACUUUCCAGUGCGGACAGUGUUUAUGAGAACGAUGCCCUUCAUAAGAAGCAGGGCUUGCAAGACCAAGAUCCUAAGCAAGAGCAUACCCCCGAGCCAGAGCAGUAUCCUGAGCCAGAGCAAGACCCUGAACCAAAGCAAAUCCUUGAGCCAGAGCCAGAGCAAGAGCCUGAAAUAAUGCAAUACCCUGAGCAAGAGGAAGACCUUGAGGUGGCUCACUACAAUAAUCCAGAAGAAGAUCUUGAACCAGACCAUUACCCUGAGCAGUACCCUGAGUUGGAGUCAUACUCUGAGCUGGAGCCUGAGGCCGAGGAUAAUGAGCUUAUCCUUGAGGAUGAUGGGUAUAAAAAUGUGGCAAUAGACACAGAGGAAGACCCAGAAACCCAUGACAUCAUGUUCGAACCACCCAUUACGGAGGAGUCCAUAUUAGAGCAAUGCAUUCGAGAAGAGGCAAUGUCAGAUGUUUCCAAUGAAUCCUGCCACGACCUGGAGCCCAACGACAUCGACGAGUGCCUUGCAGUGGAGAUUGCUGGAGGUUCCUCGGAUGGUGAGGCGGAUGAAAAAUGGAGAACAAUAUUCUCUUCUUCUAUAAAUAAAGAAGAUGAUGACUCAUAUUUGGACAGUCUUGAGCUCAGUGCCCAGGAGCUCUUUGUGCAGAAAGUUGAGGUGAACGACUUUGAGGAAGAAGACAACAACAAUUUUGAAGAGGUCAGUUUUGAGGUUCCAGUAGUGGAAGACAUCCUAGAGCAACCCGAGGAUAUAAGUCCCUUCCCUGCCCCCCCACAGGAGGUUAAAUAUAACCCUUUAGGCCUUCACGGUUUGUCCAAAAUCUCUGAAGAUGAGGGUGAAAACGGCAGGGAUGCCAAUCAUAACCAUGCCACCAACCAAAAGCACAUCAAUGCCGAUUCAAACAAGAUGCUACCCAAAGACUUCUGUGUGAUUCAAGAGACCAAGAGUGAGAAUGUAAGCACAGAGCAUGUGGACUUCCAGUUGGCUCGCAAACAGUGGCGGGAAAUGGAGGAGCAAACUAUGAACAAGAUCGUCUUGCCGACAACCAAGAUGCCCAGCUUUCACGGCAGCCACAGCUUCAUGUACACACCGGUUCGCAACAUAGAAAGAAUUCACAAGAAAGCACAUGACCUGGAGAGCUUGAAUCUGGCUGGUGAUUAUCCUCAUACUCAGUUCAGCCCUUGCUCUGAGGACUCAGGCCUGGAUGACUCCAGUUACAGGUCCCCUUACGAUGACCCGGAGACCCCAGUUGAAAGGGAGAUUCGCAUAUCAAUGGAGAGGGAGGAAAACUUCAGGAAAGAGAGGGGCCUCUCCAGGAUGGGCAAGUCAACUGAUUGUGCUCCAUCAAGAGGUUUACCCAGAUCCAUAAGCACUCCUCUGACGCCAUCGUUCAUUAUCACCUCCUCACCUACGAAGGAACCACUAAAACACGAAGUUACGGCAAACAACGUUAUCAUUCUAGACCCCAGCAAUGAUUUCACCUCCAGCCCCAGACAUGGCAAAGACAACGAGGCAGCUCAGUCCAGCAAGUGGUGCUCCGAGGACGGCGGCUCCAACGUCAUCAUCCUGGAGACGUCCAACCUGAUUAUACGCAGUGCCUCGGAGUUUUCACUCAACAAAGCCUGUGAACAGCCCCAGGAAAAGAUGUUCCUGAACAACCCCUUUUUCAAGCUGCGUUCAAGAAGCCAGAUGUCGCUGGUGGACGAAGAGAUUAAGAUGAUGAAGCAGAGGGAAGACGAGCUGAAGAAAGAGAGGGCGAAUCUAUACGGCAAAGACAUGUUCGAUAAUGGCAGGACGUUGUCAAAUCACAUGGACACUUUGGGGAUGAGCAAUUCAGUUGAUGUACCAGUGAAGUGCAAGUCCUCUCCAUCGUCACCUAUGAAAACAGCCUACAGAAUGGACCGCUCCGCUUUAUCCUGUGAUCACAGAUUUUCAGACGUCUACGCGGGAGGAAGACGUAAGAGUGCCAUGGCUCUGCGCUGGGAGGCAGGCGAGUUUACAAAAAACGACUGAAGAGGACCGAGUCAGCAGUUUUUGCCAUAUGCAGGCAUCGAUUGUCAGUGUUAUACUAAUUCAAAUUAUCUGCAGUGUUGCAAUUGUUUGUUUCAUCUUGUGACAUAACCGAAACUCUCUCUGCUUCUGUGAUGCUUUGGGCAAAACCAGCAAGACAAUAAGAAAGUUUGUGGCCACAUAACUUUGGAAGAACCAUUUACAUGGAUAGUCCUCGUCACUUUGAAUCAACACAAAUAUCUGGAGAGCUACUGGUUUCAGCUCUUACCAGGCUAUCGCCUCUGUAGGUACCAGAACGGCUCGGGGUCCUUCGUCUGCUGCUGAUUAUGUCACACGAAACAAAAUCUACAGCAACGCGACUCAAACAAACUAAGUAGUGUUUGACUUAUAAAUAAAUAGACAAACAGAGAGACAGAUAGGGUAUGUGUGUGUGUGUGUGUGUGUGUAUAUUUAUUUUAUUUAGUGUUUAUUUGAUAUGGACAUAGCAAUUACAUUGGACAGACUGGAUGCAUUGUUUAAGUGUUUUAGCACAAGUGCUAAUUCGCAACACUUAUCCAUAGGCAGUUUUUGAAAAAAUAGGGCAAUUAAAAUAUAGGGCAGGUAAAAUAACAAGAAUAGAAAAAAAGGAAGGAUGAGACAAAGAUAAGAAGAAAAAAAAACAGCAACAGAACAAUUGGAAAAAUAAGUCAAAGAAGUAUAAGCAAUUUUCAAUAAGGAACAUAAAAAGUCAACAGAGCAAAGGCAAUAUGAUCAGGCAGUAAACCAGUUAAGAACUAUUCAUAUGUGCACUGUUGAUUAGAUUUUAGCCACUGUUUGAUUCCAGUCCAAAUACACACACAUAAGUGAAAAUAUAACUAUUUAUGUAUGUAUGUGUGUGUAUAUGUAUCUACUUCUAAGCUAUUUUUCACUUAUCUGUAUGUGUAUUUGUGUGUAUACACACAUAUCCAACAGAAAUACAAUUAUUCUCAUAUUUUAUGUACAUUUACAGUUUACAGUCCACACACCCUUAUAGUCAAAAUAAAAAGCAGUUUAUUGCUGUUAAGCACACAAAAACACAAAACUUGAACGUUGGUUUCGCCACAGGCAAGCGUUGCUAUGACUACAGCCGGUUGCCACGACGUACAGCCAAUCACUGCUGUCCGUUGUACAGCCAAUCACAUUGUGUGACGUAAUCAACAGAGGAAAGACCCCGAGCCGAUCUGAUAGCUACACCUCGACUACUUGCCAGAAUAAUGUAAAGUAAUGUUUAUUAUGAUAUGCAGGGACAGUGCCAACACACAGUAAUAACAUAAUUCUGAAGAAACAAUGCUUAUAUUUUUUAACUGUGGCAAGUGGUUAAGGUAUUAAUGAGAGGCAAACCCAGGUUUAUCAGUUAAUGUGUCAUGCAUUAAUUCUCAAUAACUGCAUGCUUCCCUGUGAAUUAGCACUUGCCUAUUGAAGAACUGUUUAAAAGGUCAAAUUCAGACGCACAGAAUCUUAAAACACUGCCAGUGGAAGAAAAAAAAAUCUGUUUUUUAAAAUUGGCCUUAUUUAGGAGUAUAGUCUUAAAGGAUAUGGUUAUCCUAACACAGUAUUCACAUGCCAUAAUGGCUCCAAAAGAGUUAUUAGUUGCUGCAAUCAGAAAGUUCAGCUGAAACUAAUAUCAGGCUUCAGCAGAGUAUGUUUCAACUUUAAGUAGUGUUCAGAUAUAUCUUAAUUUAUGUUAUUACUACUGUAUGCUUUGAUACCACAAAAGGUUUCUAGUUAUUGGUGCAUUAAUUUAUUAGUUUUGGUCACUUGGGAGCAGACGCCACAAUCUAUAAGUAAAACAUGACCAUGAACCUUUAGCAGUAAAUAUUUUAUUUACACAUCCAGCACAAACUGAGCAAAGGUACCAUUUUGGCUCUAAUUUGGUCUCCACUUCUUUAGAAAUAUGUAUUUGGCUCACAUUCAGUUCUGUGCCUCCUGAGGUCCAGUAUGCUUUCUGGUUUUCGUGGUGUUCAGCGCCAGGGGCCGGAUUCACAAAGCAUUCUUAAUAAAAAAAAUACUUUUUAAGUGCCACUUUUUUCUUAACUUUGAUCUUAAGACAAAAGUUAAGAAGAUUUGGUAUUCAAGAAGAAAUUCUUAUCUUUUCUUCUUAAGUUUUUUCCUAAGAUAGAACUUGAGAACAAAUGAGAUUCUUGAAAACAAAGUUCUUAGAUUUCUUCUCAUAUUUCUCAUGUCUGAAAACAAAAGAUAAGUCUUGAUAUGUAUUUACUUGAACAUAUUUGGAUGACAUUUAUUUGAUAUCUUUAAUAUUUACUUUAGCCCUAGACAUUGUUUUAACAAAUUUUGUUCAUUGGAGUUGGUCAGAAUAGCUUUUUCUUUUUGUGAAUGAGAUGAGAUGAGAUUCAACUUUAGGGGACAACAAAAUGAUCAUCAACCCAUCCAAACAUAUACAUAAACAUACAUACAAUAUGACAAAGGGGUGGACAGGGCAGGAAGGCAAAGGAUCCUGAAUGUAUCAAUUAAGUUUUAUCUUAAGAACAUUUUUGUGAAUCCGGUGCCUCUGUAGGUUGCCUCAUCAUCCCUUGAGAUUAGGUGAGGUUGUUUUUGUGGGCCGGACUGCAGUUGUGUGUGUAGAAACAGUACAAAAGGGGGCUUAGCACACAGCCCUGUGGGACGCCAGUGUGCCAGGUGCAGGAGAGGUCUGUCCGCAAGUUUUUAAUCCAGGCACAUGUGAGAGGUGGUGAGAAUUUUCAGGGUGAUUGUAUUAAAAACUGAGCUGUAAUCCAUGAAAUUUAGCAGUAAAUGGCUGGAAAAGUAAAACAAUGAGCUGAAAGAAAAUGUUCUGUACAACACACUUCAUAGAAAGUUCUUUGGUAAUUGUAAAAUAUAUUUUAGUGCAACUUUAAGGUAAGAGGAACUACAAAUAUUAUUUAAUAUACAAAACCAACAGCUAAUCUGCCUGCAACUGUUGACUUCAGAAGCAUUUCUCUGCUGCGAUUCAUUAAGGAAGCACAGAUCUCAUAUUAGCUUCAGUUGAACAUUUGAAUGCCUUUUUACGGAGAAGGACUUUGGUAUUUGAAUCCCAUCCUUCACAAUGCAUUCAUGCUAUAAAGACAAGCUUCAAGGCCACUAUGGACAAAUAAAUAUGUGACUAUUAUAUUAAGAAAAAAUGUAAACAUUUCCCCUUUAAGAUGAAAAACUAUCAGACAGCAAACUGAAAGUUGUUUUUUGCCGAGAUGCCUGAAUGUUAGACAAAUGUAUCGCUGAGUCCACUCUUUGCUAAACUUUUCUUGACAUUAUAAAUGUAAAUCAGAUUUGAAAAAAAACAUAUUUUGAUGUUAUUGUAUGUCUUUGAUAAAGCAAAUGCUACAUUACUCAAUGUAUAUUAAUUGUAUUUUCGUACUAUGCUUUUUUGCUGCAAAAUAAUAUUUAGAGGUAAGCUUGACAGGCAUAAGUCAAGACAGUAUACAAAUAUAUAUACAAACUGGAAAAUAUGUAGUUCACUCAGCCAACAUCACGACACAACAGAAAAAAACACAACACAGCAUAACAUAACUCACAUAUAUGGCUGAAAUAUGUGCGACCAGAAACUUAAUUUGAGUUAUUCAUAUUUUAAUUUGAAUUGCUUAACUUGAAUAACUGAAUUUGAAUCACAUAAUUUGAAUUUGUAUUUUCCUAUUUGAAUCAUUGCAUUGAAAAACUGAAUCUAAAUUGUAAUUUAAAAUUCAAUAUAUUAGUUUGGAACUGAACGUUCAGUUCUCACAAUUCAAAUUCAGUUCGCAAAAUUAAAUUUCAAUUUUUUGCGACGAACAUCCGGGUAGUUGAGGCAGAGCAAUCAAGAGCAGAAAACGGAGGUGCUGAUUGGCCAAAGAGGCACUGUGGCAACCGGAUGGCAACAAAUGUUACAAGAAAAAAGGGAGGUGCUGAUUGGCCGAAGAGUCACUAUGGCAACCGGGUGGCAACAAAUAUUACAAAAAAAAAACGGAGGUACUGAUUGGCCAAAGAGUCGCUAUGGCAACCGGGUGGCAACAAAUGUUACAAAAGAAAACGAAGGUGCUGAUUGGCCGAAGAGGCACCAUGGCAACCGGGUGGCAACAAAUGUUAAAAAAAGAAAAAUACGGAUGUGCUGAUUGGCCGAAGAGGCACUAUGGCAACCGGGCGGCAACAAAUGUUACAAAAAAAACUGGAGGUGCUGAUUGGCCGAAGAGGUACUAUGGCAACCAGGCGGCAACAAAUGUUACAAAAAAAAACAGAGGUGCUGAUUGGCCGAAGAGGGGCUCUGUGUAUCUGCGCUCGAUUGCUCUGCCUAAUUGAACUGAAUUGUAAAUUGUGAGAACUGAAUGUUCAGUUACAAAUUAAUAAAUUCAAUUUCAAAUUAUAAUUCAGAUUCAGAUUUUCAAUGCAAUGGUUCAAAUUGAACAAUCCAAAUUCAAAUCAUGUGAUUCAAAUUCAGUUUUUUCAUGCAAUUAAUCAAGUUAAGCAAUUCAAACUCAAACAUAAAUAAUCCAAAUACAGUUUCUGGUGGCACAUAUUUCAGCCCAUACACAUAGGUCAAGAUUAUAGUGAGAAUAAAUAUAAAUAUGCAUUUCCUUUUCGGUUUUGUCACUCCCUGAGUGAUACUUCAGGCCACAGAAGCAUUUGAGUUUAGCCUGAAUUAAUCUGUAUAACCUACAGUAGAGGACAAUCCAAUAAGUACAGGUAUAUUUGUGAUGUUGCUGUCACCGUGCUCAAAACUAGAGCUCCAAUGACACUAUGUGGAAAGUAAAACAUCCAUUGUGUGAAAUCUCAGUGCUUUGAAUUUCUAAAUGAUAAACCAGGUUUCCACAGUAUUUUAUUUUCUUCUUUAUACAUAAGACCUAUGAAUGAACACUCAUCUAAAUACAAUGAAGCUAUGAUAUGAACUUCAAAUCAAAUUCUGGUUUGAUUUUCUAAUAUUCAGCAUUUCUUUCAAAUUUGGAGUAACAGGGCAACCAUAGGCAGUAUUCCUUAUAAGCACUUUUCUUGGCUCCCUUUUUGGGAAUUUAUGACCACAUACAAUAUAUUUUUAAAAGGGAUUUUCUUAAAGAUAAACACUGGUAUUUGAUGACUUUAAUAAAGAGAUGUUUAUCAUUAUUGACAAAGCCUUGAUAUUUCCAGCUACUCUGAAAAAG